ACUUGUCGACUGCAUGAUCACGCUAGGACAAAGACGAACUUGAAGAAGAAAAGGAGAAGAGGCAAGCCAACAAGAUGGCCAUGAAGUUUCACAUUCAGGAGUAUGACGAGGAUCCUAUUCUCUUUCAAGGAGACCAGGGAACGAGCGAGAAGACCAUUCCUCGUCGAGAGUACCAGCUGGAUCUUUCCUCGUCCUCUGUCAAGAUCAACCAAGUCACUACUACAACCCACCAAUCCACUUGGAAUGCGCUUCUGAGAACGCCCAAACAAGUGCUGAUAGACCUCUUUCUUCCACUGGGAUUUCCGCACUCGGUGGAUUCCUCAUACCUCCCCUACCAGUUCUACGAUUCACUGCAAGGUCUAUGUUCCUAUCUCCGAGGAGUUGUCUCCACUUCAGCCGUGUUAGCGGCGGCUGGAGUGGGAAAUGCCGACGCCACGGCCAUGGGGGCUGCCAUGACGUGGGCCAUGAAGGAUGGAAUGGGAAUGAUUGGAGGACUCGUCUUUUCCUACUAUGCAUCCCCACAUUUUGAUGCCUAUGUGCUCGAAUUCCGACUCUUUGCCGAUCUCAUCAAUGAUGUUGCCUUGACACUCGAUAUGCUGGCGCCACUGGUGCCCUCCAGUUGUUUGUUGGCACUCAUGUCGGCUUCAACACUGUCCAAAACCAUGUGUGGCAUGUCCGCGGGGGCUACCAAGAGUAGUAUCACGUGCCAUUUGGCAUUGGAAGGAAACAUGGCAGACCUCAAUGCCAAAGAGGGCACACAAGAAACGCUCGUGUCGCUGGUUGGAAUGAUACUCGGAGUACAAUUGGCAGCCAUGUUGAAGCAUUUGGCAGAAGAAUAUGAGGAGCAACCCCUGACUUUAUAUGACACCAUACCACACGAAUGGCAAGUACCCGUGGAAUUCGCAAUGUCAUGGACAGUCUUCCUGUUCUUCACUUGGUUGCACAUGUGGGCCAACUACCGAGGAGUCAAAUUGCUCAAGCUCAAUACGCUCAACCGAGAACGAGCCACGGUAGCCUUGGAGGCACUCGUGGCCGCAAUGGCACACAGCUACGACGAGGAUCCCAACUCGGACGCGGCACAAUUGUUGAUGGCACAACCACAGCUACUCCCGGGUCCAAAUGACAUUGAGGAAUCCAUGAUUCGAUCCACCUACACGCUUUUAUUCCCCCGGCGACAAUCUAUCGUACUAGGAGUAUCCAUCAUGGACAUACUCAAGUGCAUGAAGUCUUCAAAGUCGGUGAAUGAUAUCUUACAACCAUCUGUAGACCCAGAGUCGCUCAUCCAAGAAUUCUCCGAGGAAAAGUACAUUGUGGGAAUUGUCCAGAAGAAUAAGAGAGAGUACACUGUCAAGUCAACGCUACGAAAUGGCGCUGGCAAUAGCGACGAGCUAAAGGCUUUCGUCCAUUGCAUGCUUCUUCGGAAGUGCCUUGAUCGAUCACCGCAAACUGAUGACACUCUACAGAUGAUCAAAACGACUCGGUCACAGCUUGACGGACUAUUUGGAAGCAAGACUGGUUCAUUACUGAUGAAGCAGCUCAGCGACCGUGGAUGGGAUAUGGAAGCAAGGCUUUAUCUGGGUUUUGGCAGACAGAGGACAUCGUGGGAAUCUUCAAAGAGUGAUUGACUCUCUAGAUAGCUUGGUCAAACUCUAGCUAGUAGUGCAAAGAUGAUCUUGAUAAGAGACGAUGAUAACCAUUGAUACUUUGCUGAUCAAAGAAGCCUGUUGUGAACAACAACACAAAAAUGUCAGAUGUGUAGUAUCAGAUGGCUCCAAGUGGGUUUGUCACCCAAACAACUCAAAACGAGAGAAAACUGAUCAACCUCUCCUAUUGUGUGUGGUUACCGUGUGGCAAAGCAAGGAUUUUAUGAGCAGCGAUCGUCGUCGCUGUACAGACUAACAUAAAGCACAAUGCAAGUUUGUACCAGUUGUUCUUACUGGUCAGUGUUACAACUGCGAACUGCGUUCCGGACGCAAGGAACUCACUGAACUCAUGGAACGAGUCCACAACAUUGACGCUCUCGCCCAGCUGUCGUACCGGUACCGGUAUUUUGCGUCGUCAAGGUCUCCCGUCCCAACGUACGGCUCACACAAUCCGGUACGUAAAGCUGCCGCUGCAGGUGGACUCGAUCACUGCUAUAACACCCACUGCAGUCUCGGAGAAUGUUGAGGAAAAGUCUUCGCCAGUGCGUACCAGUAUCAUCGUCAGAGUUCCCACGGCCUUGGGAUCUCAUUGUACCGUACACAUCAAAAAUAGGACACAGCAUGGAGCCCACUGGAGCCCGGACCACUUCAGCUUCGACAUUCUGGCCCAUUAUGUUCCUAUUAUUAGGAGCCCUGAUGGGUUCUGGAGCGGUACCGGUAUGCUUGCAGUCAUUGAAGGAACCACCACGAAUUGCCCGCAAACGGCAUGCUCAUCGCCCACAAGACGGGCUCAGAGAGAUUGGAUUCAUUCCUCCAGCGACAACAGUUUACAGGAUGCAGUUCCUCCCCUCGGCGUUAAGUUGAGGAGGAAGCUGAAGGUUUCCCCGGGUGAACGCUCCCAGUCCUUUUGGCAUAACACACUUGUUUCUGAUUCAGAAUAGCAAGACAGUUCCGGAUGGUUUGCAGAAACGAGAUGCUGGAGUCUGGAUACCCUUGGUGAGCUUUCCUCUUACAAGGUACCUGGUACCAUAGCUCAGAGAAAAACUACCACCGUAUUGAGACAUCCACGGGAGCAGGCCAGAAAUGCGAUCAAAGUCAAUUCUGAGUACUAGAGUACCAGGUACUUGCAUUUUUUUAAAUAUGUUUGUCAUAAUGUAAGAAAUCGAGAAACGCUGGAAAAUACAAUUGGACAUCAGUCCAACGGAAUACAGCCUGCUCGGGCCUCUUUAUCCCGUUUGAAGUCAGAUCCUGUUCUUGUCAAUUACUGCGGAUUGAUUGUCAGCAGUGAAACCCAAUGAAAGCAAAGUCUGCUUCUCCUUCAUGGCAGUCGUCCGAUUAGUCCAAUAGUUUCUUCAACCUUUCACGUUGUUCAUUCAGAUCAUCAAGACGUUGAUCAGCCUCUUCUUUAUCCAAUGCAAAUUCUCUUAGAACUUCAAAAGAGGCAAAGUCCAAAGUCUUUUCGUGAGUGGCUUGCAAGAAGAGUUUGGGUGCCUUGCCAUUUUGAUAGGCUUGUGCCCAUCGUUGCGCACAGAGGCACCAGAUAUCUCCCUCCUUGAGGCCCGGAAACAUAUACUGCGGCACAGGUGUACUCAAGUCGUUCCCGACAGCUUGGGAAAAUUGCAAGAAGUCGUCCGUAACCUGUACACAGACGGUGUGACGUCCCAAGUCUUGCUCCCCCGUACUGCAGUAUCCAUUUCGGUAGAAACCUGUUCCGAUACCACUCCCUCCGACGUCAGUGCAGCAAGGUUUCAGCGGUGUGCCGAGAACAUUGACGGACUGUGGACCGGUUGGAUCCGUCGUUUCUGGCUCAUCAUCGUCGGCUUCAUCGUCGAAAGCCAUGUGCAAGCAUGUCAGACAUUUCGCAAUUGGAUUGAAUAGUUGGUUUUGGGUAGGGGGCGGAGAAACCACAUGAAAUGACACUACUGGAACCGUAUGGAGAAAACAGACAAGCGCCGCCAGAUAAACAGCAGCGCUACAUGCAGCACUUGUAGUCCUUUGCAUUGGUAGAAGCAUCAUGAUAGUUCGGUUACGAAUAGCACUUUGAAGGUGUCUUUGCCUAUUUUGUUGAUGUUGUUUCCGCCGAUCUUUUGGAUCUUCUCAUUCUCUGACGUCACAAACGAGAACCAGAUUCUGGAA